GAGAUCAAACCAGACGUGAAGCAACCCUCAACCACCAGAACAACUCGGCGCCUCAGUCAGUGAUCAGUAUCUGUUUAAGAAAGUCCAACAUGAAGUGGAUUACUCUUUAUCUCCUAACACUCUGCUUCCCUACAACCAGAGCUUACUGUAAACCUGAGAAAGUUACUGAUGAGUGUAUAAAAGAAAGUCCUGUAAUGUGGACCAGGUGCUAUGACGUUAAAAUUAUGGCGUGCAAACCACGGGGUCAAGCCAAAGUGACUGUGAAUCAGUCACAGGGCAGUGAAUCAGUCACAGGGUUUGUUAAUGUCGACAUCAAACCAUCAGUCCAGGCUGAGUUAGGCCCCACAUUCAAUCACGAAGUUCGAAUCCCAUCGUCUGCUCUUCAGAGAAUCAGAAGAACACCGUCGGAGGAAACUGUCCAGGUGGUUGCCUCGGUGAUCAACAGCACAUUAUUUCAGAGAAAUCCUUGGUGCAAAAGAAGAAACAAAAUUCCCCAGCCGACUGUCAGAGAAGAGGGAACUGUUUUAGGAGGGCUGGUCCUGUUUGUGAAAACUGGAAACCAGUCAGUCAGCAAUCUUACUGAGCCUAUCCAGUUAAUCUUCAAACACAAUGAGAAGGAGAACAGUGGAACAUGUGUGUUUUGGCAGGAGGAUGAAACAGAGUGGAGAACUGAAGGCUGUUAUACCACUAAGACUGAAGAUGAAUUUAUCUGCAGCUGUGAUCAUCUGAGCUUUUUUGCUGUGCUUGUGAAUCCAGAAGUGAAGGUGGAUGAAGAUCAUGCUAAGGCUCUCAGCUACAUCACCUACGUUGGAUCGGUGCUCUCUGCCUUCUUUGCUUUCAUCAGCCUGUUCAUCUAUGUUGGUCUGCAUCGACGGCGUUCGGAGAAGGCCCUCAGCAUCCACAUGCAGCUAACGGGGGCGUUGUUGUGCCUCCACCUCGGCUUCCUGACUGGCAGUUUCUGGACUUUUCUGCUAGAUGAGAACAAGUACAGCUGGGUUUGUGGAGGUCUGGGCCUCUUCCUGCACUGGUCUCUGCUGGCCACCGUCACCUGGGUGGCUGUGGAAGGAUUCCACCUUUACCUUCUCCUCAUCCGGGUCUUUAACGUCUACGUCAGAAGAUACCUGCUCAAACUCUGCCUGGUGGGAUGGGGUUUUCCUACUCUUGUUGUGGCAAUUUGUGGGCCUUUGGGUGUCUAUGGCAGAUACACUCUGAAAACGAGGGAUUCCAACAACCAAACAUCAGAAAUAUGCUGGAUGAACAGUGACAUCCCACAGACAAAGUUGGUCACAUACAUCACCGUGGCUUUUCUUUUCCUGGUGGUGCUGUAUAAUACCUGCAUGCUGUUGCUGGUGGUGUUUAAAAUGUGGGAGUUACGACGUGGCAGACGAGACCAUGAGUCCAGCAACUGGAAGAAGAUGAGCAAGGAGAACAAGUCCAGGUUAUGGAAGGACGGCGCCACAGUUCUCGGCCUCAGCUGUGUACUGGGGUUACCAUGGGGACUAGCCAGCCUCACCUAUGUUAACUUACCUGGAAUCUACUUGUUCACCAUCUUUAACUCUCUGCAAGGUCUAUUGAUCUUCCUGUGGUCAGUGGCUUUAUCAUGCAAGUCUCGAUCAGAAAACAACUCUUCAGUCCGAGAUCCUUCCACCCAGAAAAUGAUGACAACCAGCUUCAAUAACUGAAUCACUGAUUUUUGCUUAUAUUAGGUGCUGACUGACUAGUGCAGGGGUGGGCACUCCUGGUCCUGGAGGGCCAGUGUCCUGCAACUUUUAGAUGUAGCUCUA